CAGAUACGGUGGGGCUUUCCAGAAAUGCCAGCUCCGGGAUGUCGAAACCUGCCGCAUCCGCCCAGCACUGCCCGGGAGACCUCAGGGUCCCCCCGUGGGAGGGCUCUGGUGCUUUCUGCCAGCAGCUGGCAGCCGCCAAACCCGCUUUCGAUUUCAUUUUUCUCGGUGCUGGUGAGCGUGCGGCUCCACCCGUGGCAACAGGAGCCCGUAUGGUGCAGGGGCUCCCAGUCUCUGCGGCGGCAGCAGCUUCUGAGAAGAGCCGUGGCUGGACCACGGAGACCAUUAACAGCCGUGUGGGACAGGCAGGUGGUGGCCAGUCUCGCAGCCGGUAACCGCUCCGAUGUCUCAGGAAUCGUGGCGGCCGGGCCAUGCCACCGCCCUGCUCAUCCCCAGGCCACGGGGAGGGCGAGCGCGGGUUGCCACCUUCCUGCUGCUGGCCCUGUGUGCCACGGCGCUGUACCUGGCCGGGGAGCCCCUCCUGCCUGCCGCCCGCAGCCUUACCUUCCACUUCCUGGCCCUGGAGAUCAGGGCCCUGCUCAAGGGCAUCUGCUACCUGGCUGAGGAGAUCUUCCACCUCCAAUCCAGGCACCGCGGCAGCUUCUGGAGGGCGCUGAGCGCCUGCUUCUCCCUGCACUGGCACGGGCCCAUGCUGCUCGUCUGCGGCUCAGCCUACGUGGCUCUUCUCCAUGGAGAUGAGCAGCCACUCGGCCUCCACCUCGGCCUGGCCAGCCUCUGUGAGCUCCUCGUCCUCGCUCUGGGGCUCCAGCAGCCCUCAGCGGUGGAAAUGUCUGAGAUGUCUGAGAGGUCCAAGCAGAAUGUCGCUCAUGGGCUUGCCUGGUCUUAUUACGUUGGGUACCUAAAAAUAGUCCUGCCACGGGUGAAAAAGGCGAUGGAGGAAUUCAGCAGAGCCAACCCCAACGUGCCGGCCUGCAGGGAGACUUGGAAGCUCCAUAUCUUGGUCCCUCUGAGCUGUGACAUCUAUGAUGACCUGGAGAAAGCUGACAGCAACAUCCAGUACCUGACAGACCUCAGCGAAACCACCCUGACUCGAGCUGGCACUAAAAAAAGGGUCUACAAGCACAGCCUCUAUAUGAUCAGGGAUGAAGACAAGGUAAAGGUGAAGUGGGGAGAGCAGUCAGCAUGCAUCGGCCCAAAGGUCUUCCUGGCCUCAGAUCCCAGCCCAGAAGUGGCCACAUGGGCAGGACAGUGUCCCCCCUUCCUAUUAGGUACUCCCAGGUUUCAGCAGGUUUCUGCAGGAUGGAGAGGUCCUGUCCAUGCUGGCCACCUGCAUCCCUUCCUCCUGCCUGCCUCCUCCAGGCCCAGCCCUUGCAGGGAUGUUGGGCUCCACUUAACCCCUCCUGGAGUUGAUUUAAAUCUGGAAAACAGCAGAAAACUGAGCAGAAAAAAGCAGAUACGGGGUCCAGAACAUCAUUUCCCAUGGGAUGAAUGAAUAUUUCCUUUUGUUGUGAAGAGGUGCUUGAAAACUUUUCUGCAGAUGGGCCUCUGCCCCUGCGCCCUCGGAGGAGGGAACCCAUUGGUCCUGCUGACACAGCCGCGGACGGAGGUGUUGGCAAGAGCGCUGCUCCUCGCCUGGGUCUCCCUAACUUGCCCUUUGAUGAUGGCUGAGCGCUGAGCUGUGGCUUCUAAAGCUCUUUCUGCAGGGACUCCAGAGCCUCUUUCCUGGCCCUGCUCCUGGGGAAGUACAAUCAGCGCCGGGUUUUUCCUGCUACGAUGCUGUGUUUCAUCUGCCAGUCUCCUGCUGAGUCACUCGGCACCGAGUGAGCUCCAGCAGCUCUGCAGCCUGGACCUGUCCUGACCCACUGCGCGUUGUCACUAAAAUCUGUCCCUGCACUUGCUGCCCGGUGGCGGGUGAGCCCCUGCACGGUGGCGAUGCCAGCUCCCAUCCUUGGCACCUUCAUCCGAAGGCUGGUAGCUCUUCCUGCUACACUGCCUUUACCCAGGGAUCCCACCCCUCUCCCUUUCAAUGCACUUCAUUAAACUUCCCAGUUUGGCCAGUAUAAGACUUACUGGUAACCCUGCUUCUCCCUGGAAUUUUUAUGGCCUUAACA